CUUUUGAGGAUAUGUUAAGGCCAAGAUAACACUCCCACAGCUCCCAUUCGAACUCCCCUAGAUAAGAGAGAAGAAGAGAGCCACACAACCCAAAAGACCAAGGAGAAAGCAAACUGCCCGCAGGUUUUCCUCCAGUGCAAGGGUUACUUGUUUGCUUCAUAUCUCGAGUUAUACACAUCCAAAUAAGGCGUGUAAUAUACCAAAGGAAAGAUCUCAAGACGAGGAAUCCGUGAAGGCCUGGUUUGCUUCAAUCGGAGUAGUGGAAGGCGUCCAAACCGUCCGAGCAAAACACAACCUCGCAGGAGAGGAUUUAAUCUUCUAAAGAAACGAGUUAACCGGAAAACACCCAUUCUAGGGGCUGUUUUCGUAUCAACGAUUAAGGGUUGAACUAGCACCUUGAGGAGGCUGCUUAACACUCAUAUUUGAGCAAGGAAUUAGUUCCAAAUCCACCUUGACCAAAGCUUUGACCAUUGGACCAAGAGGGGAAAGUUUAAAGCUCAAUUGAGGUUGAGGCUAGAGCUUGCUUCCUGUGCUCGUUGCUCGAGAGAUCAUCUAGGAGCGAAGACUUGGUUCGUGCUUCCUCCAUUCGGAUUUUAAACAUUAAUAAACAUGCUCAUGGAUAUUUUAUUAUAGAGCCUGCGUGCUCAUGAAUAGCCCUGUGUGGCCCUUUUGUUUUAAACAAUGUUUUCCGCUGCUUUAUGAAUUACUUAUUAUGUUGUUUAUGGAUGACUUGUGUGUGAAUGAUAUUCAUGACGCCUUGUAUAAUAUGAAUGUGUUGGACUGCGGUUGACUAUUCGUAUUGUACGGCGGGUUGUUGACGUGUCCGGGGAGGUCCGGGGCGUGACAAUUAAGUUGGUAUCAGAGCCUUAGUCCAUAAACUUCAUAAUGAAGUCUCAAAAUUCUCUUUUUGAAAAGAUUUUGAAAACCAUGAGCAUAGAAGUUUUGUACUUGGAGAGCUUUUGGUACUUGGGUUGCAAGGUCUCUAAUUGUUAAGAUGGUACCCUUAGCAAUUGGUAUGGCGGUGACUCGAGCCAAAAUGUGUCUUAAGUACCUAUCCGUCAAUUGACAUUUGAUACGAGUCUAACGACUCCUUCCAAAUUUCUUUCAGAAAUGGACCGUGGUGGCAGGAUUACUAGGAGAAACCCGACGGGUCGUGUACCAGUGGAGACUGGACAGGGCAGUCGAAGGACCUCUAGGGCAUCUAGAGGAGCUGGCCGUGGAGGCCGAUCACAGACCGUGAGUGACGGUCAUGUCGACACGGAAAGUGAAACCUACUGGUCCUAUGAGGACUCGACCUAUCGACCGGAAACUGAACCGGUUGAGACCCCUUACGAAGGGGAUGAUGAUGAUGUAAGUGAUGAGGAGGAAAAUGGCUCCUUAGCACGGAUUGAAGCACUACUUCAACAGUACCACCGUGAGCGUGAGGAGAGGAGGGAACGCCGAAGGCGCCGGGCUGGGCAACCUUCGGGCGGGGCUUCAAGAGGGAGAAGCCAUGGCGACUCUAGGGCCCACAUUGAACCACAUGGGGGUCGGGGUGAUGGAGGUCCAAUCAUAAGAAUCUCCAAAUACAUCAAAGAGGCACGAGACUUGGGGUGCAAACCGUUUGAUGGGACGGGUGACAUCUCCGUUUCGGCACAAUGGAUUAAGCGGCUGAAUGAGGCAGCCCUGGACAUGCAACUCACCCCCGAAUAUAAACUAAGGGUUGCGGUGAGAUUGCUUGAAGGUUUGGCAUCCAAGUGGUGGGAUGGGACCAAAAGCAAAUAUGGCGAGACCGUCACUUGGGAGAAUUUCCGACAGGAAUUCUUUGCCCAAUAUUACUCGGAUUUUGAGGUGAACAAGAAAGUGAGGGAAUACACCCUUCUAACCCAAGGGGGUAACAUGACGGUGAGGGAACUUGAGUACAAGUUCAGGGAUCUUGCCGAUUACAUACCUGAGUAUGCUUGUGACGAGAACCGGAUGGUGAACCACUUCUGGGAUGCUCUAGACUUGGAGAUACGUGACAGGGCAACACAAUUGCCUAACAUGACGUUUGCCCAAGUGGUUGACCAAGGGUUGAAAGGAGAGAAACAAUGGGAAGAAAGGAAGAAGAGAGACGCCGAGGAGGCGAAAAAGAGAAAGUGGGAGAGUCAUGGCUCCCAAGGUUCCAACAAAAAGGGUAACCACGGAGGAGGAUCUUUCCGGGCACCACCGCCACCAAAUAGGGGGAACCAAGGCCCGAGUGGGCAAGGCGCGAGGUCACAAACCUCAGUGGUAGCUCGUUGCAACAAUUGCAAGAAGAACCACUCCGGUAAAUGUCGCGACCCCCCUAGAUGUUUUCAAUGCGGGGAUGCCGGGCAUUUGAAGGCACAUUGCCCACAAUUGAGUGGGGCAAGGACAUCGGGACCGAGUAGCGGUCCGACGGGUACACGGAACCAAACCGGGGCUUCUCAAGCAAGCCGGGGACACGGGGGGGGCAAGUACAAGUAACGCACCAUCCGUGAAUCAAGGAAGAACUCGAGCUAGAGUCUAUGCGAUGACGGAGGCGGAUGCCCAAGCGAACCCGGAUUCCGUUGCAGGUAAUUAUCUCAUUAAAAUGUGGUAAAUUAGUCGUACUUAUGUGCACACACCUUUGGGAUUAAGCCCCGAACGCUUUAAGAUCAAAAUGGGCAUGUUUGAGAUUAAAAUGUGCAAAAAAAGGGGGCAACCGGCGCCGGACUUCGCAUAACCGGCGCCGGAGAGAGCGAUGAGGCGGGCCUGUUUGGAACCGGCCCUCUCCAACCGGCGCAUAACCGGGGCAGAUUUCCAGCCAACCGGCGCCGGCCACUGGCCAACCGGCGCCGGACAUGCCCUGGGAUGAGCCUGUGUCCGACCGGCUCCCCAUAACCGGCGCUCACAGCCUGCGACACCACCCAACCGGCGCCGGACACCCACCAACCGGCGCCGGACCUUCCCUGGAGCGAGCCUGUGUGGAACCGGCCCACUAUGACCGGUGCAGCUGGG